UCAGUCUACAAAAACUGUGCUGAGCUGUAUGAAGCUGGUGUCCGAAACAGCGGUGUUUAUACCAUCGACCCUGACAAUGCUGGAACCUUUCAAGCAUACUGUGACCAAACAACAGCCGGUGGGGGGUGGACUGUGUUCCAAAAGAGACUGGACGGAUCGGUUGAUUUCUACCGUGGCUGGGAUGAUUACGAACACGGUUUCGGAGAUCUGAAUGGUGAGUUUUGGCUCGGAUUGGACAAGAUACACCGCCUGACAAAAAAACCAAGCAAGCUUCGAGUGGAGCUUGAAGACUUUGCGAGCCAAACAGCUUACGCUGAGUACGACGAUUUUGGUGUUGCUAAUGAACAAAGCAAAUACAUGCUCAGUCUUGGAAAAUACUUUGGUAAGGAUUCAUUUAAGGUGGCUCGACACAUUAUUUUUCAAGGCACACCUUCGAUCUUCGAAUCUCUCAUACUAUAUAUUUAACAAAUUGAUCUUUAUUGUAAAACCAUUAUAACAUAUACAGAUGUAUUUACACAUAGACUCACACUUUAUUAUGAUAUUUUAAUUUUUUGGGCGAUUGUAAUAAAUAUCACUUAACGUCACGAUAGUUUUAGUUUUAAAUCAAAUUUUAGCCCAUAUUAGCUUUUUCUUUAUAAGAAAUGCUUUUCUACAUAUAAAUUGGGUGUUUGCCUUUUGCUGUGCGAAGUUUCGCAAAAAAUCUAUAAGAGGAAUUUCGAAAUAUCUUUGAAUUUAUACAAAAAGGGUAUAAUUGGGUAUGCAUGAACUGAUAACUGGACUUAAUGCAGACAAAUUUUUAUCACUUAUUCCUCAGUUUGCAAAUGAUCCUGACACAUUCUACACACGGCUUACCGAAUGGCCAUGCUAUAACUCAACCCAAGUUUUCAAUGGUGAAAAUACUUACAUGUACCUGGGAGAUCCUAACCGAAGACCCACAUCAAGUUAUUUGGUUAAAAAGUAUUAAUAUGCAGUCGAACCUCUAUGUGCAACUAUUACCUCUACCAUAAGCAACUAUCUCUUGUAAGCAGCCCCUGCCAUAAGCAAAUAUAAGCGACUUCAUUUCCAAAACACCAGAAUGUUUCCAGUCAAAGCCCUGUAGCCGUAACCUCUCGUAAAAGACCACCUCAGGCUCUGGUAAGCGACCAUGACCACGUUUAUGGGUUAGAGUUUUAAAAUUUUCCAUUGUUUUCAUCCUAUUGUAGUUAGGUGAGUCAUUUUACCCAUGGUCUGAUCUCUAUGUUAGCGGCAUGCAUGAACUACGCAAACAAGAGUAUGCUAAGUAUUUUUAGUGACAACAUGGUGCUAUUCAUUUACAUCAAGAGAGGAUAAAAGGGGACAGAGAAGGCAUCCCCCAUACACACCCUAUUCCAUAGGUAAUUCGUCUCGAGUUAUUUUUAGAAUCGGGAUAAAGUUACCUCGCGCACUGCGUGGGUGUCUCGUGGAGGUUUCGCAUGACUAAACGCCGUGUAAAACAUGUCGGGCGAAAGGCAAUGAAAGCGUAAAGAGAUCGAGAGCAUUCCUGAAUAUUGAAGCGAAAUGAGUCGGCGCUCACCUGGGAAAAGGGAAUCUGGUGGAGGGAGAACAAUAGAAACGUGGUGGCGGUGGUGGUGGUGGUGAUGGUGGAGGGAAAACAAUAGAAAUGUGGUAGCGGUGGUGGUGGUGGAGGGAAAACAAUAGAAAUGGGGAGGAGGAGGAGGGAAAAAUGGGAGCAGCAGCAAAUAGGACAAGAGGUAGUUUGUCUUUGCCCUUAUUAAUAUGCACGAUUUGCCCGCCAAAAUUUAGUGAACCGGAACUAGGACAAUCACAGCAGCAGGAAAUGGGACUUGCAUAAUUACAUUACGCCUCCGUGAUUUUAAGUCACAGACAAGUUUGACUUUACUCCUCAGACAGUAUGAAUUUACCAAUAAAAACGUUUCUUAUUUUCUAACUAACCAAUCGAAAACGAAGACGUUUAUCGACCUUAAAGUAACUAAAAUCCUAAACCAACUUAAAAUAGCACAUGACCUUAUCUUAAUGGCAUCCCUGCGCAUUUUGUUCAUGAGAUCAAGACAAAAGGUUGUGAAGUCAUUGGCGUUAAUUUAUUCCUGCGCACGCUAAUGAGAUUCCUGCGCAAAAAAGGGGCAUAAAACAUCCCUCCUAUACUACUGUUUACCCUAUAGUUCCAGGAAGCAUACAGUUUAUAAGCCCCCGGCUUCUAUAUAGGCUUCCUUGCCUUUACCACAUUUGAUCUUGUAAAUAAUUUAGUUGGAAUAUUGUAUAUUAUUUUAAAUGUAUUUCUGUAUACUGUUGUUGUAUUUCUUGUUAAAGGCAAAAUAAAAUGAAUGAAUGAAUGAAUGAAUGAAUGAAUGAAUCUUUUCAUAGGAAAAAUUGUGAGAAUUUUGUUCGAAAAUUGUCCGUGACAAAGUGGUGUUUUAAUGAGGUGGUUCGACUGUAUGUAAUUUGCAGUUUUUUUUUUUACAAUUUUUGGUAACAUAUACAUUUUUAGCAAUUUUCAGGCCCAACAGUGGUGCGGUACUUGUAUAUAAGAGAUCUUAACAUACCGUAAGUUAUAUAAUUGACCCCCCCCCCUCCCUCUCAAAAAAACGUCUCUCGUCUAAAAAACGCCCCUAUAGCUACAAUGUUUGUAUUAGACGCCCCUCUCUAAUAAACGCCCUUUAUCUAAUAGAUGACCUCCAUAACAGUUAUUGCAAAAUUCUAGGGAAAAGUAAAAUGAAGGAAGAUCAUUUAAUAUACUGUUUUUUACUUGAUCAACAAGGGUUUGCACAUUGCAUGUCGUUUAAUGUCAAUUCAAUGUAUAUGUCGUAGUUAAUUUUUUAUCUCACGUAAUUUUUGUUUAUCUUUUGUUUUUUGGUAUGGUAAUAUAUGCUAAUGAAGUUGAAACAAAUGAAAAAUAACAAUUACCUGAGAUAAAACAAUUAACUACAACAUCACGUAAGGACAGACUAACAAUGACUACACAACGAGCCUGAGCUAGGAUUGUGGCAUCGAAGUAGCGAAUAUGGAUCUCUGAAUCUCUAGACGGCCAAGAUGUAUCAAUUGAUUGACUGGAUAUUCCACUGUUUACAAACGCUCAUCGUUAGUUUUGGGGUUCCAAAAAUGAAAAUAAACGCUUCUCUUUUAACGCCUCCUAUCUGUUGAAAGCCCUCUUUUGGACCCCUAAGAUUACAUAAACGCCAUGGGCGUCUAUUUGAUCAUGUAAAGUACACUUUUUCCGUGUACGGGUACGGUACGGGUAGCUUACCCGUACCCACAGCAAAGAAUACUGGCUGAUUGUUUCUUAACGGGCGAAACGGAAAGGCUACUGCGUAGAACGGUGUUAGCAUUAUUAUCGGCACUCCUUGAUAAUCAUGAUUGCCUACUGCGUGACAAACAGGUUCGCUUACCGGCGCCUGUAGAGACUGAAAUGGUGUAUCUUAAGGUCCCUACAGCUUUCCUUAUACAGUAAUGUACUGCAAGCUGAAUCACUUGACCUAAUUUACUGAUGAUUUGAAUGACUUGAUUGAUUUCCUUUCAUUACCGUCUCUUGAAUAUUUUCAUUUGAUUAUGUAUUUUCAAGGCAUUCAUGGCAAUUAGUUUUUUUUCUCUCAAGGGACAAAUUCGGGUCGGAGUGUUUUUUUGUUGUUUUGGCGAAUGUGAAAGACUGGUUGUUCUGCUGGGGUAACCUGCAUAGCUCUCUCAGCGGGAUCGUCAGUGCGCGCAAAUUUUUUCACAAAGGAGUCAUAGACUGUUUUACUGGCGUUCAGAUUUAAGAUGGAACCAAAGAGAUGUGAGCAGGAAAAACAGCGAGAGGAUGGGGAGGGGGUGAGAGCUUUCCCUCUCCCUUAGUUCCUUCUUUUUAGUUAUUGUUUCCCGCUCUCUGAUCUCGGGUCACACUCCACAUGAUCUGAACGCCGGGAACAGGCUAGAGGUCGCCUGAUGUAACGGAAUCCGCAUUCCGGAAUCCAAGAAUGUUUUGCUUGUGGGAUCCAGAAUCUGGGAAAAUUUGCUUUUGAAUCUCAAAUCCUGGGCUUUGGAAUCCGGAAUACAGCUCAAGGAAUCCGUAAUCCCACCGACAAUUACAAUCUAGAAUCCAAGUACAGUUCCACCGACAAAGACUGAAAUCCACCACAUGGAAAUCCGGAAUCCACGAAGUGGAAUCCAGAAUCCAAGAUUGUCUUGGAUUCCCUUACAUAGGGCGUACGUGGUUACGAGUUGCGAAGCAGCCUAGAAACUGUAUGCAAUGGACAUUCUGGGAUCAUGACAGGUGAAUUAACAUGCACAUAAUGCCAAACCCGUAAUUCAUUCAAUUACAAAUAAAAACGCCUUGCUUUGAUGUAAUUCCCUUAAGGGGCUUAAGGUUUUAAUAACAUUCAUAGUUUUUGCUAUAAAAUAAGAAUUUUCGACGGUUGUUUAAGUUUCGAACAUUUCGCGCGCAACAAGGAAAAAACACUCAGAAUUACGGGAACGCAAGGCGAAAACAAGCACGCCUACGGUGACCCCAUCUUUUUAUCGCAGUUUUUGAAUGUCCUUUAUGUUUCUGACAUUCGUGCCAAUGCAAGUUUGAAAAAAAUCUGGAUAGUAGAUCAUUUUCAAGGGAAGUACCUUAACGUGGACGAGUGCGGCACUUUAAAGUCUUCAUUUUACAACGGUAUAUUAAGUUAGUGAAGAAAACGUUUUUCGGAAAAAUGUUUGCACUUUGUUUCGGCGAGAACCCGUAAACAUUUAGUGCUACAAGGUAUCUUUUUUUUUGUUUUAAUUUAAGGUACAUAGGGUGGGAUUUGGUACUGGAACUCUCCCGUGUUUGCCUAUCAUCUCAGCCCUUACCCUGUGGUAUUGAGUGGCCGAUAUACCGUUAAUCAGUUCAGUUAUUGUGCAAUCGUUGCAGGAGUUUUAGAUUUUUUCGGAUCGGCGAUGUUUUGGGAAAUGUUUUAACGCUAGUUUUAUGGGGAGUACAUUUUUGUGUUUACGUUAAUGGUUAUAAUACAACCAGUAUGCAGGUGAAACAACAUUCAAAUGUAUAUCCGCAAUAUUCUAAGUCGCUUAUCUGUAUUAUUUGCGAGGUUGACUUACUUUAAUUUAGGCCUAUAUAUAUUUCACGUCUUCUUCAAACUUUAGAGUAAAUUUCUAAAUUGGCCUUGAAGAAUAAUGGGCAGGGCCAGAAGAACUACAGACAGCUGGAAAAACCCUUCCAAGUAAUUAUUACAUAGGAUUCAUUUAUUGCUGAAGACGAGUAUUUCAAUGGGCUUCACGUUUAUCUCUUAAUCCUCCCACCUCCCCCUUGCAAGGUUGUGCCAAAAAACACCCAUUUUGCCGAAAAUGGAACAUUAUUUGGGGUACAGCAAAGGGGUGUAUCAUAGACCCAUUCACGCUGAUCUUUGUAUUUCCUAUUAUCACAAAUGUUAAUUUCUCUUUUCUAAUAAACGAGUAAUAUUAUGAACUUUUUUGUACACUUGCAGGAAAAAUGGAAAAAAACAAAAAAAAGAAAAAACAGAAUAAACGUCUUUAAUAAUAUGCGUUUCUCAAGCGGUCUUAAAUUUCCGCUUACGCUUCGUGCUGUUCAUGUUAAGCAGCUGCAAUGCCUGCCCUUACGUCAUCUACACGGCAUAAUGAAAACAAACAGCAGUGUUGUAAAUGUAUAUUAACCAAAAGCUAAUCAACAGUUUUUCACUAUUCUGCUGAUACUUUAUCCUUGGUUUAAAUUUUAUCUCCAUUUUUUUAAAGUUAUGAUGAUGGGAAAUAAAUUUUAAACCAAAGAUCAAAUUGAACCACACAUUAAAACUGCUGGCCUAACCUCCUUUAUAAAUUUUAAACAAUUGCUAAUCAGUUUACGUUUAGUAUAGUUUGCAAUGUUCAUCCUUACAACUUUUUGUGUUUUUAAAAGUUUGAAAAAACGUUCGUUCGGUUCUCCAAACACAAUGAGCAGGUAUCUUCAGAAAGGGAUAUUAAUUUCUGAAUCUAAUCAAGCAUUUGUUGAAAAUACAUAGAGGAGAAAUAAAAGGCUUGCUGGAUAACUACUGUAACACUAACACGAGUAUUAAAAUCGCUUCAAAUUGUAUUUUUUAUUAUCUAUUAUUUUUUUGGCCGACCUAUUUACAGUGAAAAUACAAGUCACAUUGUGAAUAAAGAAAACUCACCUAAAUACUAAUAAGAUAUUCAUUUAAUGCAGUAGUUUAAAAUAGCCCCCUCUUUUAAUAAACUUAAUAAUGAAUUGGAACAAGAAUUAAUUAAAGACUGACUGGAACCAAAAAGGCGAACAGUUGUAAACAACAAUCAGUAGAGGCUCUCGGUAGGUAAGAAAACAACUGGGAACUAUUUGUGCAAACGCACUGAGUCAGGCCAGACCAGCGUACUUGUUGCUGAACCGGAAAAUAACGAUUCAAGCUAGCGCAAACCCGCCUGACAAUGAAUUAUAUUACAGCAUGUAUUUUUCUCGCGUGGAAUAUGCUUGGAAUCGGUGCAGUUGCUCCUGGUAAGUGUUGCAUGCGCCGGAGUUAACAAUAGAUUGAGUUAAUAAGAAAUUGUAAAAGUAAAAAUAGGAGUUAAUGAGUUGGAUAUUCACGAAUAGACUGCAAUGGUUAUCUCAAUAACAGCUCAAAAAAUUGAUAUUAUAUGGGAUGCAAAGUUAUUCAGAUUGACGGCCUUAACAACGUAGUUGAAGCAAGAAGCUAAGUUAUGUGUCGAUCACUUUAGGUUCACAUAACCAAGAACUGAAGGCCUAAAAACAGCUUAAUUAUACUGGCAAGGAUUUCGUUAAGAAAUCGGAAAACAAUUAAAUAAAUAAAUGUCUCUACAGUCUAGCUUCCCUUUUCAACAGAAAAAAAUAUUAUUUUUCCUUUUCUAACGGAGAAAAUCUAUUUAAAGAAAAAAGAGACAACACUAUUUUUUUAGUAACAGCUCAUUUUGUUCUUUCUAUGGUGACAUUUGAAGCUUAUAAAAGGAUCCAAGUUAAUUAGUCAGUCAGAAGUCAGUCGCAUUUCGAAUUUAGGUGUGUUCAAUUGUUUGAUAACUUAUUUUAUUCUGGAAUAGACUCACUCUUAUUUACAGAAGGAAAACCAGGGGAAAAUUUUUUAAAUAACGGAGGAAAAUCAAUUGUCGCAUGACGGUCUUGUGUUUUAGGGAUUAAAACUGUUUUCUGAUAAUUGCAUAACUUUCUAGUAUUCACUCGUGUAAGAAAUACGGCAAAGAGUCGAAUGUCGGAUUGCUAUGAAUAAAAACAAUCAUUAUGCAGCUUGAAUCGGCGUAUUAAUGUUACCUCUCUUCAGACCAACGGGGUGCUUUUGAGGCGCCCCGCAUUUUUAAAGUUGAAUAGCUUCAAAACCGUGUACGUCAACAUUGACGGUACCUUGGCAACAAAGUUUUGACAGCCAGGGCCCAGUUGUUCGAACGCCGGUUAGCGCUAACCCGGGGUUAAAUUUUAACCCGGGUUUCUUUUUCUUUUUAUCAAAAGCACUCUCUCGGAUAAUUUUCUCUAUUCUUUUUAGAGUAUCCAAUCAUCAAACUGUAGGCAAAGAAAAUUAAACUGAAUUUGCUUUUUAAGCUCUCAUAUCUGAGUUCAAAUUUCGCACUAACCCUGGGUUACCCUAACCCAGCUUUGAACAACCCGGCCCACUACGCUUAGCAAAAUUUGCAUUUUUCUAUUAAAAACCGUUUUAUUUCUAGAUUUGCUAAAAUUAUAGAUAAUAAAUUAUAAAUUAUUACCUUACACUUUAUUUAGCAUUAUUUAAUCAAACUUAUUAAAACCCUUUCCGAAGUGAGUCUCUCGGAAUUUCAUUAUCGACGGUCUUCUGCUUGUAAAACAUCAGUUCUUUUAUGUACAAAUCAAAAUUUAUUUUUGAAUUACUCUUUCCUCGAUUUGUAAAGUUUUUGAUCGGGUCAUUUUACUACCACGACCAGAAUUCUUUUCGUUUUUCCUUUCACAUUAAAAUUUGGUCAUCCCAGCGAGGUUAAAAUAACAAGAGUCCAAACUGGCACAAGAGAGCAAAAGCGUGAAGGAUUCUGGUGGUAGUAGUAAAAUGACGCCAUCAUGCAAAUGGCCUAUUCGAUAACACUAAACACUUAAUUUUUGGCACUGAAACAUAAAACAAUUAAAUUUUAGGCAUUUUAACGCUAACAGUGAAAAAAAAAGAAAUCACUGUAACAGUAAUUUUUUUCCAGGAAGAUACAAAAACUUCUCCAAUAAGGCCAAUAUUAUCUUGUUUAGCACAUCAAGGACUUGAGGCCAUUUUUUGACAAUUCCCGAAGACUACCCAAGAUUUCCGAGAACGAAUUCAAAAAACUUUUUAUCUUAUUGCCAUUUUAGUAUAUUCUUAUAUGAAAGAUGUAUCUUUUAAAGUGUACAGAUACGACUCUUUUCCCGAAAACCCUCCGAACAUCUAAAAUAGGUAUAAUUGCCUAUUUUUAACGGAUUUUUACCCUAAAAAGGUCUCCUAGAAUUUUCGGAAGCCUUUUUUCUGGCUGGAAUUUUUGGAAAGGUAAGUUUUGAUCCCUAUAAUUUUCGGAUCAUUAGACUUAACUUUCAGCUAGGAAAUCCGAGCAGAUGAACAAUUUUUAGGGGAUAAAAAUAUGCCUAUGUCUACCGUUUAAAUACUAAAAUAUGUUUAACAAUGCUAUGUUUAAGUGGUUUUAAACUAUAUUCUCGUUGGGUGCCCCUGAGACUAGACGGCCUUACCAAAAUUAUAUUACUAAGACUGCAAGGACCUUGAAUUAUGAGCACUGAGCAAUGUGUUGAAGAAGCAGAAGCACGAGCACAGGGGUCAGUUAAAGGUUUCAUUUCGCCAAUGUGCCAAAUCGCAACUGCGAAAGAAGUUACUGAAAGGAGGAAUUCGUCAGAUAAUCCUCUGUUUUAACUGUCACGCCAUCAAAAAUUAGUUUGUAACAUAAUUAUAAAGAUCAAUAAACUUCAAAUUUAAUAGCAAUUAGAAAUUACAUUGAAAAUAGAAAUCGAAACCAUUUAAUACGGAAAGGCCAGAAUCUGGAAGAUAUGAGAAAGAAGCCUGGCGAAGAAUCGAUCGAGGUCUGCGCGAAAUUUCAUUUGAGAGAUGCUAGGGAAAAUUUUUUACUCAGAUUUAAAACAGCUUUGUAUAGAGACGCCAUGUUGGUGUUCCUUUAAGGGGUUCAAAUAUGGCGGUCGGGAAAUCAACAGAAACAUCUGUUUGAGUUUUCUGCAAAAGCGUGAAUUUAUCGCUUGAGGAACUGAUAAAGAUUAAAGUAAUAAUUACUUAUUCUCAGACUGAGGCAAUUAAUGUUUAGAUGGCAAAACUCAACCUACACGAGAGCUUUCUUGCUCGCCACUUUAAUUCCGCGUCACGCAAAAGCUUGGCCAACUGUUUAAGUGUCCAUUAUCUCAAAACGAAUUAGGACCCUUUCGAGCUGUUUUAAACAUUUUUAUUUCCAUAAUUCGAAAACAUUCUGGAGUACUUUCAUCUGUGAGUCCUCUUAGUAUAAUUUCUUAGUUUAAAUUUUGGCGACGUCAUGUAAAAACCAUGAAUUUCUUCACUUGAUAUACUGGUGAAUAAAAGAGCACAGAGGUGGGACGCAGUAUAUACUUACAGAUUUUUUUCGCAUUCAUUAUUUCUUGCGGUUUUAGUGGCAGAAUAUAACGGCAUCAUCAUUUUCAAGGAACCGAUAAACGACAAAGUUCUUCCUGGUCACGUGAUAAGGACUGAGAUGGUCCCAAACGAGGGAAGCUGCCGGGUGAAGUGCUUUUUGGAGCCAAACUGUGUAUCCAUCAACGUGGGGCCUGAAGUUGAGGGAACACGAACAUGCAAGUUGAAAAAUUUCACCGAUGAAAGCGGAACACAAACUGGUUUGGAAGAAAAGAAGGGUUACAUACACUUUGCUGUUGAGGUAAUAAAGGAUGUGAAGAAUGAGUGAAGUUGGACAUUCAGUAAAUGUUUGUUUAGCGAGUGUAUUAUCUGUAUUAUAGUCACCUUUAUAUACAUUAACACUUAUUUUUUUUAUGCAGACUUUAUAUGAGGAAUAGGCUAAGCAACGCUGAUUCUCUUACCUUUAUGAAUCUCAUUUUCAGUUCUCAAAUGAUAAAAAAAAUUUCCAAAAUUUGGGAAAGGAACCUUUUAACUAGAUAUAUAACUAGGAAAAAAUCAGUUUCAGUUACCUGCGAGUAAACUUAAAACUCUCGCACUGAUUCAAAACGUCGGCUUAAAUGGUUCCAUAUUUCCUUGAAAAGUGCUGCCGGAGGUUUCAUGAAGUAUUGAAUGAUAUCAGGACCUACCUGUUAAUGUUUAAAAAUAUUCAUACAGAUGUGUCAAUUGACCAAUUCCGAUAUAUCAAAAUUCAUACAUGGCUCCGAGGCUUGGAGGAAUAAAACAAAAGAAAUCAUCUUGAGGCUCAGCAAUGAAUACACUGUGAAUAAUACAUUUCUUUUAUGUUAUUCCCCCAAGCGUCAGAGCCAAGUGUGAAUAUUGAUAUAUUGAAAAUGGUCUAUUAAUCCCGAAAUUAACAUAUUUAUUCUCCGUCACGUUCGUUUUUUAACUGUUUUUCCAGAACUUUUGUCAUCGUAGCCGUUGUCCUGGAAAGUACUUUCUGUGCCAAGUCGGGUUUACAAAUAAAGGAUACAGAUGUUUCUGUCCCGAGGGUUUUAAAGGAGAUCGAUGCGAUGAAGGUUAUGUACACCCAAUAGGCUACAAUCUCGUUCCCAGGUUCUCUCUCCUUUGGCUGAUUGACUAAGUUUUGUUUCUGUAAUUGUAUUCUCUUUUACUCCAUUCUUACUUUCAUGCAUUCCCUCACUUCAUCAAGAUAAAGUUGAUUUGUCAUGGAUCAUUUUACAUUACCUUGCAUGGUUAACAAUUAAAAAAAUGAAAACGAAAAUUUAAGCACUGAUAAAAAUAACUGGCCUGACCUUAGCAUAUCAUGGACGCAAGGACAAAGACAAAUGAACACCAAAAGUGUUUGUCGACGUAUUCAAAUAUCCACACACAUGACCAUGUACGUAAAUGGCUCCAUUAAUUCAGUUUUUCAAUGGAUUCUUUUCGAUUUUUGUUGUGAGAAAAUAUGGUCACCGUCAUCAUCAUCAUCAUCAUCAUCAUCAUCAUCAUCAUCAUCAUCAUCAUCAGUUAUCAUCAUCAUCAUCACCAUCAUUAACAUCAUCCUUAUCAUCAUUAUCAUUAUCAUUAUCGCCAUCAUCUGCAUCAAAAUCGUCAACAUCGGCAAAAUGUCUUUCACUUCCUUAUAUAUUCAACUUGGCAAAAGCUUAGCUUUGACAAUCGGGCCGGAAAAGGAACUUUUAUUCUUAGGCAGUGUCAAUUAUAGUGUAGAUGAGGUUCUUAUCCUACCAGAUCGUUCCUGAAAGCAGCAAAGGUGAAGUAAAGAAAUUUCAACUGGGAAUCCUCAACAAAACAUUCAUGCUCCAAAGUCAUUAAAUUUUCCUAAUUCAGUACCACCCCAAUACCAAAUGUUUUGUAAGUGAAGUUUGGACCUCCGCAUUUUCUAUUAAUUAUUGCUAUUAUUAUUAAAGUGUCAAUAACAAAAUGCUUGAAUCUGAUUGGUUCUUAACAGCCCAUAUUUAUAGCUUAAUUUUGCUAAUUCAACUCCAAAACUGUGACCUGUCCGAGUACCAGGAGCUUGUAAUCAGACAAAAAAAAAUUGGACAGUUAAAGAACCAAUGAAAAUCAAGUAGCAGAUGCCAUUUAAGCCGAUAAAAUUUAAUNUCAUCAUCAUCAUCAUCAUCAUCAUCAUCAGUUAUCAUCAUCAUCAUCACCAUCAUUAACAUCAUCCUUAUCAUCAUUAUCAUUAUCAUUAUCGCCAUCAUCUGCAUCAAAAUCGUCAACAUCGGCAAAAUGUCUUUCACUUCCUUAUAUAUUCAACUUGGCAAAAGCUUAGCUUUGACAAUCGGGCCGGAAAAGGAACUUUUAUUCUUAGGCAGUGUCAAUUAUAGUGUAGAUGAGGUUCUUAUCCUACCAGAUCGUUCCUGAAAGCAGCAAAGGUGAAGUAAAGAAAUUUCAACUGGGAAUCCUCAACAAAACAUUCAUGCUCCAAAGUCAUUAAAUUUUCCUAAUUCAGUACCACCCCAAUACCAAAUGUUUUGUAAGUGAAGUUUGGACCUCCGCAUUUUCUAUUAAUUAUUGCUAUUAUUAUUAAAGUGUCAAUAACAAAAUGCUUGAAUCUGAUUGGUUCUUAACAGCCCAUAUUUAUAGCUUAAUUUUGCUAAUUCAACUCCAAAACUGUGACCUGUCCGAGUACCAGGAGCUUGUAAUCAGACAAAAAAAAAUUGGACAGUUAAAGAACCAAUGAAAAUCAAGUAGCAGAUGCCAUUUAAGCCGAUAAAAUUUAAUUACAGAGCACACGAUAACCAAUCAAAAUCAAUGAAAAAUAGUGACCAAGAAAAGAAAAAUGGAUGAAACUAAUUGGUCCAGUGACUUUGACAGUGGAAUCCUUCUCUUACAUUAAUAAGUGUUCUAACACUGAGAUUCUCGCAUUUUGUUAUUGACACAAUUAGUUGGUAAUAGAACGUCGCGUCGUAGAAUUCAGGGGUGCUACGCGCACGCCGACUUGAAAUUACUCGCACGAUUUCUCCCUGAAUUGUACUCCACUCAGUCCUAUUACCAUUAUUAUUAUUAUUAUUAUUAUUAUUAUUAUUAUUAUUAUUAUUAUUAUUACUAUUAUUAUUAUUAUUAUUAUUUUAUAUAUUUUUUUUAUUUUUGGUGGGGGGGAGGGAGGGCAUACCUAAAGAGCGUUUUCGCUCACGUGGCCAGCAUAUGUGCAAAUUUAUGAAAACAAAAGAAAUUGUUAAGAGAGAGUCCAACUUCCUCAGGAUUUGUUUGAAACGUUGACAUGGCCAGCGCGACGUCAUGUGAAAACGCUCUAUAAGGGGAAAACACAUGGUGAUGAAGACGCUUCGGAAUUCUUUGUUUUUCAGUCUACAAAAACUGUGCUGAGCUGUAUGAAGCUGCUGUCCGAAACAGCGGUAUUUAUACCAUCGACCCUGACAAUGCUGGAACCUUUCAAGUAUACUGUGACCAAACAACAGCCGGUGGAGGGUGGACUGUGUUCCAAAAGAGACUGGACGGAUCGGUUGAUUUCUACCGUGGCUGGGAUGAUUACAAACACGGUUUCGGAGAUCUGAAUGGUGAGUUUUGACUCGGAUUGGACAAGAUACACCGCCUGACAAAAAAACCAAGCAAGCUUCGAGUGGAGCUUGAAGACUUUGGGAGCCAAACAGCUUACGCUGAGUACGACGAUUUUGGUGUUGCUAAUGAACAAGGCAAAUACAUGCUCAGUCUUGGAAAAUACUUUGGUAAGGAUUCAUUUAAGGUGGCUCGACACAUUAUUUUUCAAGGCACACCUUCGAUCUUCGAAUCUCUCAUACUUUUUAUUUAACAAAUUGAUCUUUAUUGUAAAACCAUUAUAACAUAUACACAUGUAUUUACACAUAGACUCACACUUUAUUAUGAUAUUUUAAUUUUUUGGGCGAUCGUAAUAAAUAUCACUUAACGUCACGAUAGUUUUAGUUUUAAAUCAAAUUUUAGCCCAUAUUAGCUUUUUCUUUAUAAGAAAUGCUUUUCUACAUAUAGUUUGGGUGCUUACCUUUUGCUGUGCGAAGUUUCGCAAAAAAUCAGUAAGAGGAAUUUCGAAAUAUCUUUGAAUUUAUACAAAAAGGGUAUAAUUGGGUAUGCAUGAACUGAUAACUGGACUUAAUGCAGACAAAUUUGUUACUUUUUAGAUGUUUCCGAAAAGUUUUUAUCAUUUAUUCCUCAGUUUGCAAAUGAUCCUGACACAUUCUACACACGGCUUACCGAAUGGCCAUGUUAUAACUCAACCCAAGUUUUCAAUGGUGAAAAUACUUACAUGUACCUGGGAGAUCCUAACCGAAAACCCACGUCAAGUUAUUUGGUUAAAAAGUAUUAAAAUGCAGUCGAACCUCUAUGUGCAACUAUUACCUCUACCAUAAGCAACUAUCUCUUGUAAGCAGCCCCUGCCAUAAGCAAAUAUAAGCGACUUCAUUUCCAAAAGACCAAAAUUUUUCCAGUCAAAGCCCUGUAGCCGUAACCUCUCGUAAAAGACCACCUCAGGCUCUGGUAAGCGACCAUGACCACGUUUAUGGGUUAGAGUUUUAAAAUUUUCCAUUGUUUUCAUCCUUUUGUAGUUAGGUGAGUCAUUUUACCCAUGGUCUGAUCUCUAUGUUAGCGGCAUGCAUGAACUACGCUAACAAGAGUAUGCUAAGUAUUUUUAGUGACAACAUGGGGCUAUUCAUGUACAUCAAGAGAGGAUAAAGGGGACAGAGAAGGCAUCCCCCAUACACACCCUAUUCCAUAGGUAAUUCGUCUCGAGUUAUUUUUAGAAUCGAGAUAAAGUUACCUCGCGCACUGCGUGGGUGUCUCGUGGAGGUUUCGCAUGACUAAACGCCGUGUAAAACAUGUCGAGCGAAAGGCAAUGAAAGCGUAAAGAGAUCGAGAGCAUUCCUAAAUAUUGAAGCGAAAUGAGUCGGCGCUCACCUGGGAAAAGGGAAUCGCUGAGCUCUUUGACAACCCGUAAAAUCAGUUUAACUCGAAGUUGUCGUAACCUCAGUGCUUUAAUAAAAUUUGAAAUUUCGCCAGUCUAUUGAAACCGGUCGUUUGUACAAUAAAGCAAGUAGGACGCCAAGUGUUUUUUUUGUUGAAUAAUAAAAGUCUAAUAAAAGAAUAAAUAUCAAACCAUAAAUUGCUCUCUUCAAACUGUAAAUUAUAAAUGAUCCUGAGAGAAUAUCAGUGUGUUAAGGAUUUCCCUGCUGUACUGUUAGCUCUAUACAAGAGAGGAAGGGCGAUUCUUUUUUAAUUUCCGUUUCGCAGACACAGCUUUAGCAGAAAUCUCUCUGUAGUCGUUUUCGUCGACCAAGCGAAUAGCAAUAUCGCUUUCCGCGUCUUCCGCCAUGUUGUUCUUCGUCAAUUCGUGAAGGACGCGUGCCUCUUAGCGUGGGUCAUCCCACGGAACGCAUUCGCGCUAUGUGAUUGACUGUUGUCCAAUCCCCCUUGAGAUCUGUGGUGUUAAAAAUAACUCGAGACGAAUUACCUAUGAAAUAGGGUGUGUAUGGGGGAUAACCUCUCUGUCCCCUUUAUCCUCUCUUGAUGUACAUAUAGUAACUUAGAGGCUGUUUGUACAGUGGAAGCUCUCGUAAGCGGACUCCCCUCACGACUCGAAAAAGACGACGCCCGUAAACCGUAACUGGAGCUGGUCGCUCACGGGAAUGUCAAAAUACAGAGUUUGUAUGGGAGUUGAAACGCGGUUUUGUGAAGGCGGCCAUAAGAAGAUAGAGCCGUCCUCUUACGAGAGUGUCCGUUAGGAGGGCUUCCACUGAAUAAAUUCUUUACCAAAGUGUAGAUGUCUCGGGACCUCUUCUCGAAUGAGACUCUUGUUAAGUUUGAUUCUCGGAAGCCACCAUUAAAUUGUUCGCGUUCUGAGUGUUCACUUACCCACGGGAGGUUUGAUUGUAGUAGCAUUCCUGAUCAUUGGACUUAAAAACAAAAAAUGAAGCGGAUAACUAAAGAUUUCAUUUACGAUACAAGUAUAAGAUGACAUGGAAUUGAAGUUGGUCUAGUUGGUGGUCUUUCCAUACGAUAAAUUUAAAGUUUAUACCCUUUUAACACUGAAUUCAAUCCGCACUUAACCCUAAAUCCUAGAAAUAUUUUGUAAAUAAUUAUACUUUCAGGACUGAACACUAACUCGUUUGGACACUACUAGAUCGAGGUUUUAUAAAUAUUGAUAUUCUUUACCUUAACUUUGCAGGAACUGCUGGCGACUCCCUUAGCUAUCAUCGUGGUAUUGCGUUCUCUACCAAAGAUCAAGACAACGAUCAUACUCCGUAUACCAGCUGUGCCAAGAAAUUCAAAGGAGCCUGGUGGUACAAACGUUGUCAUGAAUCUAAUUUGAACGGUCUCUAUCGUCGAGGCUACCAUCACGAAUAUGCUGUCGGUGUAAACUGGAAGGCAUGGAAGGGUUACCAUCACUCUUUUAAGCGAGCUGAGAUGAAAAUCAAGCCAGUUGGAAUCUAG